AUGAAUGAAGGGCUUGGCCAGGGUGUGCGCUAUUUCAUGACCGAGGCCAUCUGUCCCAUGAUUAUUCGCCUCGCCCGGUCAAACAAUAUCGCUCACUUAAUGGAGUACUUGAAGGGCACUCAUGAUCCAUGCUGGCUGUGGCUCGUGGAAUGGUUACCAAUGCAGAAUGUUAAUUCAAUAUAUUCGAGCAUCUUGUGGACCAAUCCCAGUGCUGGUGCUGAGACGGUCCUAAUCGAAUGCCUGGUACUUGCGAUUUCGGGGUUAAGUGAAGAGCAGGUGCACCGCGACAAGCAAAACUGGAAUAUUAGAAUAGUGAGGCUAGAUCCAUUCGGAUACUUGAUUCACAACCAAAAAAAUCCAUUUCGGGAGUCUCCCACAUCUAUUCGGUGGCUCUGUCGUGGCUUAUUGACAGACAGGGCCUGGUAUGAAAUAGAAUCCCUCAACGAGUUGCUGACAUUGAAGCGAUUAGAACAACUAACCUUGUUAUCCGAUCUUAUUUGGGAAACCUACUGCUCUCUCUAUUUGUGUAACACAUUCAUCACUGUUGAAUCAAAACUCACCGUAAACCCUCUUCACAUCGACCUACACGUCGUCAAUAUCAAUUCACCCCGCCAAGUCCCAUGA